AUGUCAGACUCCCCAGACUCGUCUGUACCGGCCACUCCGGACGAGCAGGUCGAAAGCAACCCCGCCUCGCCUGGUUCCGACGCCGAUGAGUCCUCCGAAGCCAGCACGCCGCUGGACCCUCCUAGCGCCUCUUCCGAUGCCUUACCUCAGUUCUCUUCCAAAGACCCGCCUCGCCGUGUCCCAUCUCUCCGAACGGUGUCAGACCCGCAUGGUCACAGUCCCGGCCUCGGUAUCCACCCAAACUCCAGCGUUACGGGCACCCUGAACAAUGCCCGCCGGCCACCACCGGCGGCCAGCAGCCUGCCGAUGGAUCUCAUGGCCAAGGCGCGUGCAUUACAGGCGGAGCGGGCGGGUCUGCCACGGCCCAAUAUGAAUCCGAUGGGCUCUCCUGCGCCAAUGUCUGGGUCAGCCUCUCCCAGAGGCUUUCCAGGAGGUGUGCCAGGCAACUUGAAAUUACCAGGCAUGGGCGGUCCGUCUAGGCCACCGGCCCAGGGCUUUCCGAGGUCUGCCCCAGCCAUACCUGGUGCGAAGAAGCCUAGCUUGGCAGACAGAAGAGGAGCGAUGAAGCUUGGUGGGCUCCCGGGCGCGCCUUCACCGGCCCCAACGCCCAAAUUAUCCGAUAUGAACGGUGGAUCUGAUACGUCUGGGAAGGAGGAUGCACCGCGAGGGGACUCGAAGAUGAACGAGUUCAAGAACUAUAUCGACACGCAAAAAGGUUGGAUUACCUUUGACGGCGCAGCCACCAUCACGCGGACUGGCGUGAACUUUGCCAGUGGCGCUGCGUUUUCCAUCUCAUUAGAUGAAGUUGAUAUUCUCGACGAGCUAGGAAAGGGCAACUACGGCACAGUGUACAGGGUCCGACAUGCGAGGCCGAAAGUACCACGAUUCGGACAGGGGCUAAGCGGUUUUAAGCCCGCUUCUAGGCAAAACUCGAGCCUUUCCGACAAAGAUGAGUCGUCAGGCAGUGAGGGCUCGCCCUCGACACCCCGCGCUACCAGGAUAGAUGGUACAACAGGGCGGGUUAUGGCCAUGAAAGAGAUCAGGCUGGAACUCGAUGAGGCGAAGUUUACCACUAUCCUCAAGGAGCUGGUCAUUCUCCAUGAAUGUUCAUCACCUUACAUUAUCGAUUUUUAUGGAGCCUUCUUCCAGGAGGGCGCGGUGUAUAUGUGCAUCGAGUACAUGGAUGGCGGCUCGAUUGAUAAGUUGUACGACGGCGGGAUACCCGAAAACGUGCUCAAGAAGAUUACUUACAGCACCAUCAUGGGGCUCAAGUCCUUGAAGGACGAACACAACAUCAUCCAUCGGGACGUAAAACCGACCAAUAUUCUUGUCAAUUCUCGGGGCCAGGUUAAGAUAUGCGAUUUCGGUGUCAGCGGGAAUCUCGUGGCCAGCAUCGCAAAGACAAAUAUUGGAUGCCAAAGCUACAUGGCUCCUGAGCGGAUAUCUGGCGGUGCGCUGGCUACGGGCGCGGAUGGAACCUACAGCGUUCAGAGUGAUAUCUGGAGCUUGGGACUGACGAUCAUCGAAUGCGCAAUGGGCAAAUACCCUUACCCACCGGAGAUUUCUGCAACCAUCUUCGGCCAGCUGAACGCAAUCGUUGAAGGCGACCCGCCAGAUCUUCCCGCGGAAGGCUACUCCGCACAGGCCCGUGACUUUGUCAAGUCGUGCCUUAACAAGAACCCAAAGAAACGACAUACUUACCCUAUGCUCCUGUUACACCCUUGGAUAAAAUCUCUCAGCAAGCCCGAGACGAUUACCGAAGAGGCAGAGGCCGAGUCGGAAGCUAUGGAUAAUGACCUUGCCGACGCCGCGGCAAAGCAGCUCAACAUCAAUGAAGGCUCAGGGGACAGCGAGGUCGCGGAAUGGGUCAGCGAGGUGAUGGAGCGCAAAAAGAAGGGGUUGCAACCGCCGAGUGCAGAGAGACCGGCAUUGCAUGCUGCACCACUCGACAGCGUCAGCCCAGCGGCCAGUCUCGAAUCAUAG